CGCCCCUCCUCCCUCCGCUGACCCUUCCGGCGACCCGUAGCAUGCCGCCCUCUGACCUUCGGCGGCGCCGGGGUGAAAGGGCGAGCGGCCAUUUUGUGGCGGUUGGUCGCCCCUGAGGCCGGGGGCCUGGUCCAGCCAGGCCAGGCCGGGUCGGGUCGGGCGAAAUCCCGCCAUGUCGUCGUUCUCGGAGUCGGCGCUGGAGCGGAAGCUGUCGGAGCUGAGCAACUCUCAGCAGAGCGUUCAGACGCUGAGCCUCUGGCUCAUCCACCACCGCAAGCACGCCGGGCCCAUCGUCGUCGUCUGGCACCGAGAGCUCCGCAAGGCCAAAUCAAGUAGGAAACUGACUUUCCUAUACUUGGCGAACGAUGUCAUCCAGAACAGUAAAAAGAAGGGACCCGAGUUUACAAAGGAAUUUGAAUCGGUGCUCGUGGAUGCUUUUUCACACGUGGCCAGGGAGGCAGACGAGGGAUGCAAGAAGCCCUUGGAACGGCUGCUGAACAUCUGGCAGGAGAGGAGUGUGUAUGGCGGGGAGUUCAUACAGCAGCUGAAACUGUCCAUGGAGGACUCCAAUAGCCCCCAACCCAAAGUUACAGAGGAGAAGAAGUCCCUGAAGAGGACGUUUCAGCAGAUGCAGGAAGAGGAGGACGACGACUACCCUGGCAGUUACUCCCCACAGGAUGCCAACACCGGGCCCCUUCUGGCGGAGGACUUGAUCAAAGCCCUGCAAGACUUGGAGAACGCAGCCUCGGGCGAUGCCACUGUGCGGCAGAAGAUCGCUUCUCUUCCCCAGGAGGUUCAGGAUGUGUCCCUGCUGGAGAAGAUCACAGACAAAGAGGCGGCGGAGCGGCUGUCGAAGACGGUGGACGAGGCGUGUUUGCUGCUGGCAGAAUACAACGGGCGGCUAGCGGCGGAACUGGAAGACCGGCGCCAGCUGGCACGCAUGCUGAUUGAAUACACGCAGACCCAGAAGGAUGUGCUGACGGAGAAGGAGAAGAAGCUAGAGGAAUACAAGCAGAAACUGGCCCGAGUCACCCAGGUGCGCAAAGAGCUGAAGUCCCACAUCCAGAGCCUGCCGGACCUCUCGCUGCUGCCCAACGUUACAGGCGGGCUGGCACCUCUCCCCUCCGCCGGGGACCUUUUCUCUACUGACUAGGACACAAAACUGGGGGGGGAGGGGAGGGUCUGCCUUGCCUGCCCACCUGCCCCGGCACCAGUACCAGACCCCUUUCGUCAGGAUGAGGGAUCCUCGCGGGAAGCUGAGCUCGGAAGGGACGGGCAGAGACCCCGCCCUGCGCCCAUCUCCAUCUCCACUGGGGCUGGCGUCCAGCCGGGUGACCAGGGGGGCAGAGCGGGCGGGAAGGAAGGUGGACACCGAAGGGCACCGCCUCUUGUUUUGGGGAGGGGGGCCAAAGGCGUCUUUCUGGAGGAAAAUUCUGGGCACUUCCGGGGGUCACAAAUCAUGUGUGCCCAGAGCCUUCGAAGAAUUUUUGAGUUCUGUGUUGGUUUUAUUUUUCUUCUGUAUUUGACAAAAAACAAAACAAAAACUGGAUUGUUUUGAGGGGUGGGUCAGUGUCGAUUUUUUUUGAGGGGGGGGGACCUGUGAGUCAGGAAUGGCAGAGGCAGCUGCUUGACGGAUCAGCCCAGGGGAGCUGCUUCCCCGCUUCACUGGGACACCCACAUCACCUCCCCCCCCUCCCCCAAAUCAGCUCGGGUGGCCCUUUCCUCUGCUUUCAGCCCUGGGACCUGGAGGGAUCAGCAAAAGCCCCUCCUGCUCCCCCUCCCCAUUUUCCCAGAUCUCUCCUUCCACAGCAUUAAACAGGGUAAGCGUGGAAGGUUCAAAUUGAUGGGCUUUAGUAAAGCAUCUCCCCUCCUCUUAUUCUCCAAAGCUGUGGAACUUGCCAAUCAAUUCCCUUCCCAGUCUGCGGGAAGGAGAGGGAUAGUCAGUGGGUACAUUUUCCGCUGCCCCCUUGCAACAGAGCCCAUGGCCCUGGAUCUACCCGCAGGUCAGACUAUCCCCUGCAUGUGGGUGCUUUCCAUUUUGCAACAGCAGCUAACAUAGCAAAUGCAAGCAUUCAUUUCGCCAUGAGAUCCCCCACCGAGGAUGGGGAGGGGGGCUUUUCUGCUCUUCUUCGCAUAUUUGGUGGCCGUAGGAGUCAUCCUCUCUCCUCUAUCUUUAGAGCGAAGGUCUCCAACCCUGGCAACUUUAACGCUCGUGGACUUCAACUCCCAGAACUCCCCGGCACUAAUGCAUUCCUUUUCAUGCGUAGCCCCCUUGUGGCCUGCUCGCUCUCUUGUAAUCCUUUCCUCUGCAAUCUCUCCGCUCAAGGGAGUGGCAGAAAAAAAUAUAUAUAUCCAGGCACGGCCGGCUGGGGAAUUCUGGGAGUUGAAGUCCACCCAUUUUCCAGCAAGGUUGAGAAACACUAUAUUCUGGAUGAUGUAAAGCAGAAAAUGAGCCCAACAGCAGAGUGCAACCUAGCUUGAAGCUAUGAACAGAAAAUGUCACCUCUUGAGGGGGGUCUCCAAACUUGGCCACUUUAAAGACGUGGACUUCAACUCCCAGAAUCCCCCGGCACUAAUGCAUUCCUUUUUAUGCGUAGCAACCUUGUGGCCUGCUUACUCUCUUGUAAUCCUUUCCUCUGCAAUCUCUCUGGAGUGGCAGAAAACAAAAACCCCAGGCAUGGCUGGCUGAGGAAUUCUGGGAGUUGAAGUCCACCAGUCUUAAAAUGGCCAAGGUUAGAGACCCCCGCUUUAGAAGACCUUUGAUCAAAUCCCUUACAUGGAAGGGUUGGGCUUUCUGCUUGGUGCCCAGAUCCAUUCCCAUCCCCACCCCCACCCCCAAAUCCCUUUCUCAGGGUGGCCGCUUUGGGCCGCGAGUUCCACGUUCUCCGUCAGCUCAGCCCAAUUUGGCAGAGAAGGCACAACUUCCAGUGGUCUUUGAGUCUGGAAGCAAGUAGGGCUGAUCCCCUUCGUAGAGCCCCCUCCCCAGCAGCCCCCCCCUUGUGCACGCAGAUGUGCAACCGAGCGUGUCCGAAUCGCAGCGUUCCCACUUCCAACCCCCCCCAGAUUAUCCCAUCCUUGGUUUCACAGUAAUUGAAACCCACUGGAUUUUCGAGGUCGAGGCGGGACCUGUGACGAAGACCCCUCCCCCACCCCCAACCUCUGCACUGUGUGGUCUUUUGGCUCAGAUCUGAUCCGUCCCCUCGGCCCCCACGAGGCAUUUUCUUAAACCUGUACAUGAAUCAAUUUAGAGAUUUAGAGGGACAGGCUGUCCUUUUAGCCGCAGUAUAUUCUGAAAUGUCUCAUAAAUAUAUUUUUGAAUAAAGAGGGUGUCAUUCGGUGGGCAAGAA